GAGGCGGAGGAGGAGGAGGAGGACACGGAGGAGGAUGAAGUUCAGGUGAUCGACAUGAAGAAGGAGAACAGCGAGGUGUCCUGCCUCAAGCAGCCAGACAGCGUCACGGGGACAUCUUCCCCCACCAGCCCCAGCUGCAACUCCCAGCUGGAGAAACCUGGGGAGCAGCCCAGCCUGGGGAAAAAAAAUGAUAUCUCCAGACACAGCUACUCCAGAUACAACACAAUCUCCUACCGGAGGAUCAGAAAAGGAAACACCAAGCAGCGAAUCGACGAGUUUGAGUCCAUGAUGCACUUAUGA